GGAGGGAGGGAAGGAGAGAGAGAUGCACACUCUGACUCGCACAGCCGGUGGCACUGAAGUCAGCUGUAGCGUUGAAACCGAACACAACCCAGGACUGAAACCUGGGAGCCCGAGACUGCAAGGACCUCACGGGUGCCAGGGGAUAUGUCCGAUUCUAACGUUCAUUCCAAGAAGGCGGGCAUCAGGGCCGCCGUCAUCCUCAUUGGACUACUGCACAAGUCCAGGAGGCACAAGGAGAGAGAGAGGGAGAAGGAGAAAGAGAGAGAACGGAAACAAGAGCUGCUGACCAUCUCAAAUAGUCCUCUGGGAGAAUGUCCACCAUCACCGCCACGCACUGCACCACCCACUAUGAAGUCUGCUGAGUUCUUCGACAUGCUGGAGAGGAUGCAGCUUCCUAAAUAUGAGGAAACUAAGAAGCACAAGGACGACUAUAUCCCGUACCCUCGGAUAGAGGAUGUGCUGGAGAAAGGAGGACCGUACCCUCAGGUGAUCCUGCCACAGUUCGGCGGGUACUGGAUCGAAGAUGCCGAGGCUCCUCUGGGAACUCCGACUUCCUCAGACAGUAGCUUCUGUGAAGAAGAGGAGAGCGAUGACAUGGGACCAGGUGGAGGAAGAGGAGGAGUAAUGAGGGGGAGAGGAGGAGGAGAAGAAGAAUACAGGCUGGAGAGCAACAGCACAGCACGAGCGUACCGCAAGCACUUUCUCGGGAGAGAGCACAUGAACUAUUACUGCACAGGCAGUAGUUUGGGAAACCUCAUUAUGUCUUUAAAGCAUGAGGAGGCUGAAAGCCAGGAAUUUCUUCGUAUUAUGCUCAGGUCAAAGACAAAGACGCUUCAUGAAAGGAUUCCACUGGAGGGACUGCACCAGCUGCCCAGUGUUCCUCAGAUAGCCAAGCUGCUUUGUGAUGAUGUCACGGGUCUGAAGUUUAAUCCUGUCCUUUACCCGAGGGCCUCUCAACUGAUAGUCGGCUUCGACGAGCACGAAGUCAAUAACACCUUCAAGUUCGGGGUAAUAUAUCAGAAGUUUGGGCAGACGUCUGAAGAAGAGCUGUUCGGGAACAACGAAGAGACGCCGGCCUUCACUGAGUUUCUCAGUGUGUUGGGAGACACAAUAGAGCUGCAGGAUUUUAAGGGGUUCCGUGGUGGUCUGGACGUGUCUCACGGACAAACAGGAACUCAUUCGGUCUGCACUGUUUUCCGCAACCGAGAAAUCAUGUUCCAUGUAUCGACUAAACUUCCCUUUACGGAGGGAGACAUACAGCAGCUGCAGAGGAAGAGACACAUCGGGAACGAUAUCGUAGCUGCGGUUUUCCAGGAAGAACCCACUCCGUUUGUACCUGACAUGAUCGCAUCGAACUUCCUCCACGCCUACGUGUUGGUGCAGCCUGAAAACCCCUGUACUGACCACACCACCUACAAGGUUUCUGUCACGGCUCGAGAAGACGUCCCGCCAUUCGGCCCAACUCUUCCAAACCCUUCUGUUUUUAAAAAGGGCCCCGAGUUCCGUGAAUUCCUGCUCACAAAACUGAUCAACGCCGAGAACGCUUGCUACAAAUCUGACAAGUUCGCCAAGCUGGAGGGACGGACGCGAGCGGCGCUCUUAGAUAAUCUGCAUGACGAGUUGCACAGACAGACCCAGGCCACCAUGGGAGUGGGUUCCGCCACAGGGGAGGACAAACUGGAGAACGGAGGCCAUGGAGGUCUGCUGGAGUCCUUCAAGAGGGCCAUGCGUGUGAGGAGUCACUCCAUGGAGACGAUGGUGAGUUCUCACAAACACAAGGCAGCAGGAGGCGGAGUGCCGUCCAGUUUGAGCGGAGGAGGCCUACCACAGGGCAGUGCCGAGUGCACAAAGAGUACCUUUACGCCUCCAGCAUUAUCAGCCAAGUCUCCCAUGAAGAGUCCAGUGAAACGGCGUUCAGGCCUGUUUCCCAGGUUACACUCGAGCACAGAAAGUCCCACUGAGAGACAUCCAUCUCGCAGUGAUCAUAAAUCAGCAGAUGUCUUUCCACACUCACAGGAAGUAAGGUCUGAGACUUCCUCUAACCCCAGCUCACCAGAGAUCUGCACAAACAAGGAGAGGCCGUUUGUCAAGCUGAAGGAGGGCAGCAGCCGAAGCAACAUCUCCCGUUCGUCUUCUAGCACCAGCAGCUUCAGCAGCACAGCCGGAGAGGGAGAAGGCCUGGAGGAGCUUGACAUGACUGGAAAAGUCAAAUUUCACCUGAGUCAAACGUGAAGGUUGGUUUCGACAAGCUGAGCCACGGGACCACGGGGCGUUAAAAGAGACGAGAACGACUUCAAAGGAAGAGCAGGCAGUGUAGCUUAACUGGAGCCAAGAGACUUUGUGUCAAAGCGAGAAGGGACCAUCUGCUGCACCCAGACGCAACCAACUUUUCCAUCUCCAACACAUACACACACACAAACCUUUUGACAAACCGCACAAAAACGCACUUACGUGCAAGCAGGCCACGCCGAGAGAUGCCAAAGUGAGUCUUAACAGAAGCCACACACAAGACUGUUUCAAACCUUUGUGGUCGGAGCUGCUUCUCAUCACACAGGUAGCAGAUCAUGUGCACAAAUAAACAAACAAACAAUUAAUUGCAUAAUUAUAAAAAAAUAAAUAAUUAUAUAUAUAUAUAUAUAUAUAUAUAUAUAUAUAUAUAUAUAUAUAUAUAUAUAUAUAUAUAUAUAUAAAAUCAGUGCCACCAAUUAUUUAUUUAUUUAUUUAUUUAUUUGAUGCACCGCAAUUUCAGAAGAGGCAUGUGUGAUAUGUGAUGUGAUGUGUGUGUUCCUUGUGGUGAAAAUGGCUUUUUAUGUUUAUCAAAUACGUAAUGGGCAAAGGUGUGGCUUACGCUAUAAUGCAUUAAAAUACAGUGAGACUUUACAUUGUAUAGACUCUAUUGGCUAAAUAUCAGUCUUUAUGUAUGCUUGGUGGUCUGGGAAAACCUUUUACAUGAUGAAAUUGUGAUUAUAUUUACUUGUACAAAAAAAAAAAAAAUACUACAGACUUUAGCUUAGUGGGGUAGGCAUUGGACUUUGGAUUGGAAGGUCACAAGUUUAAUUUCCAGCACCACCAAGGGUUAAGGCCCUUAACCCUCAACACCUCGAAUAAUUGUAAGUGCGCAAAUGUAAAUGGAUCACAAACUUACGCUUAUGUCUUUUUGAAACGGCAUGUAGCUCUUCACAAAUGUUAAAUGAACAUGAGACCUUUACAUUGCUGGCAACGUUUUAGAUGUCUUUAGGCAGCAUAAUGUAUAUGUAUAUAUAGUAUAUAAAUAUGCACAAGACAUGACAUUUAUUUUAUUAGGCUGUAUUACAUGUGGAGUUUUUUUUUUUUUUGAGAGACACGUUCCUUUCGUUUCUAUGCAAUAAACUCGGUAAUGUAACAGUAUAAAGAUUAACUUUGACCGAUCAAAUAUUUAAAUGUCCAUGUUUAUUUUAAUUGGAAAAUCCUCCCUUAGCAUGAAUACCAGCUUUACACACUUUCAACAUAAAAAAAAACAAAAACAAAAAAAACACAAUUUUAUUUACGAUACAGUUCAUCUCAGUAGGAUUGAGGUGUGGUGACUGGUCAGGUCAUUCCAUAAUGGAUAAAUUAAACUUAAGAACUCAGACGUGCGCUUCUGAUCAUUGUCUUGUUGUACAGUGAAGUCAGUUUUGAUGAGCCGCAGUGCAGACGGAACUGUAUUGUGUGGAACGGGAGCCAUGUUGGUUCACUUUCCGGAACUUUCACUGCUCCAAAACAACCCCAAACCAUUAAUUUUCCACCUCCAUGUGUGAGUGUGGGGUGAGGGAGUCUGAUCACAUCUUCUCUCCUGUUCUCCUUCUUACACAAGUUCUUCUGGUUGAGACACAAAUGUCCAAUUUGGACAAUUGGAUUCACUGUCUUCUUUUUUUUUUUUUUCUCUUCUUUUUGUCUUUUACCAAGUUUAUUUCAUAGAAACAAAAGGAGCAUGCACAUGUCUCAAAAACCAUAAAAGACUUUUUUUAAAUUGUUCACAGAUGUUGAAUGUACUUUAUUUCCCAAUGUGCUACUUUUAUCUUGCAUUAGUACUUUUACAGCACUUGUCUGUGACCAAACCGACAAUAUCAGUCAAAAAUGAUCAGUGUAAUAGUUAAAUGUACAGUACAGAAGACGCUUUCAGAGCCAGCGUUUUUUUGUUCAUAUGUUUAUACAGAUUCCAAAUCCUUCUCGAUAUCAGCCAUAAUACUGAUGCUGCCCUGUUCAGUGCUCAUUUAAUACAAAAAAAACAUACAAAAAUGUCCUUGGGUCAAUUGAAGAGUUGGAACAUUGGACAUUGGAGAUAUACGUGUAUGUGUGUGUGUGUGUGUGUGUGUGUGUGUGUGUGUGUGGGAGGUACUGGUGCAACACUGACGAAUAGCUUAUUUUGGUUGGGCAUAAAUCUGCGUAAAAAGUCGCUAUCCGUCUUAUCGACUAUCAUUAAUGCGUAUGCGUACGCUCGCAAUGGGACACAAUGGGUAAGAGUAAAAUAGUGCUGAAAUAAAAUAAAAACCCAGGUUUGCUGACUGCAGAUUCAUCACACAUAAAAUCAACAUGAUAUCGAUUAGCCAGGGCAUGAAAAUACAAAUAUAAAAAUCAACAUAAAAAUAAAUAAAAUCUGUCAAAUUAAUCUGACACCCCAGGCGUCCUCACCUCCUCACCUACAUCAGUACCUGAAUUUACUAACACCUAUGUGGCUGAAUAAACCUCACACAACAUUUAGUGGAACAUCUACCCAGAAGAGUGGAGCUUAUCAUAACAGCAAAUGGGGACUAAAUAUGGAAUGGGAUGUUAAAAAAAGCACAUGGUCAGGUAUCCACAAACUUUUGGCCAUAUCGUUUAGUACAGAUUAUGAUGCGUAAUUAUACAAAAGAGAAUAUAUAUUUAGAUAUGUAUAGAAAUAUAAGUAUAAGGAAAUGCAAUUGUUAUUUUUCUAUCAAUAUAAUAUUAAUAUUAAAAAGAAAUCUAAGUUAAAUUUCAGACAUAGUCAUUCUGAAUCUUAUUUAUUUUUUGGUUAGCAAGCUAAUAUUAGCUAAAUUAGCUAGCUAGUAAUAUGGGCUAGCUAGAUUAAAAAAAAAAAAAAAAAACAUGCUAGCACAUGUUGGCCAAGUUCUAGGAUAAUUUUUGAAGUAAAAUAAAACUAAUAUGACUUUAUUUCUAAGAUUCAGUUAGCUAAAGAGGGCUAAUGAUAUAUUUAGCUAGCUAACAUAAUCCUGAUUGGCCUUUAGAGGUGAGAGAUGUUAGCUGGCUCAUAACAGUUUCACCAGUCAGGCGCUGAUGUUAACGGUACUUCACAAUAGCUAACUUAGCUAAUAACAUAAUAUAAUGCUUAUGCUAGCUAGCAUUAAGAGCUAAUCAAAGAAGUUUUAGUUUUUUAUUAUGGCAGCAAGAUGUCUAGCUGCACCUCAGCUGGCUAACUUGAAACGAAUUGGAACUGCGAUACUAGUCCGAGGUUAAUGCUAGUUAUCUAACAAAAAACACUUUAAAGAAGUGAAGGACUGUGUGUGUGUGUGUGUGUGUGUGUGUGUGUGUGUGUGUGUGUGUGUGUGAUCCUUUCCUGAAAUUAUUACCCUAAAAAAAUCUUAUAUAUUUAUCAAUAUUACACUUUUUUCUUUUCCUCUGGAUUCUCAUGAAGGAAAAAUGUUUCAUUUUAUUCAGUUUUUGCUGACACUUGAAUUACUACAUGCCAACUUCAGCUCUGGUUCUUUAUUCAUAUGUAUAAAAAAAAAAAAAAAAAAACAUUGUGACUUUGUAAAUGUGUGGUUUUGAUUUUUAUUUCUAUAAAGAGUUAGCAAAAAAACAGCACUUUUCUGACGUGUGAAAGAAACGGAAAUGUUGCUAGCAACUAAAACAUCAAGCUAGCUGCUGAAAUGACAUGUAAGCUUCUGAAGCAUCAUGCUAGCCUCUGAAACAUCAUGCUAGACCCUUAAACACUGUCUUAGCCUGCUGAAAUGUCAUGGUACCCACUGAAGCACCAUGCUAGCCCCUUAAAUGCUGUGUUAGCCUGCUAAAGCCUGCUAAAUCGAGUGUGUCGGAGUGAGAGAGCGAGAGCGUAUGUAGACUCAGGAGUUUGAUUGAAUGUAUUGAUUGGUGUUUCAGUGAAAAAUAUUAAUGAGGGAAAGUGCAGACGGAGGACAGAUUGUUCUCUACAUGUAUAUUCUGCUAUGUUGUGUACCACUGAGAAUUUAUUAUAAAUAAAAUGUUGUAUUUUGUGUCAAA